AUGAAACUAGCACCUAAACUCAGCCAAGACGGAUAUGUCCUGAUACACAAGAGGAUCUAUAAAGAUAACGGAGUUAUUUGGGCCAUCGCCGAAGGAUCCUACGUGGAUGCUCCACAUAUCUCCGAUCCCACCACCCGCAUACCCAAUCUCACCACUCGAACAAUGAACAGUUCACAUUCCUCAGAGCCACUAGACGGCACCGUUGUCGACCUCUUUGACCAAUGGGCCGAGAAAUCCCCAGAGAGAGUCGCAGCGGAGUGGCAAGGCGAAUCCCUCACCUACGGGGCUCUCCGCGACGCCUCUCUCCAUGUUAGUCGCGCGUUAUUAUUGGCCGGCGUACGGCCACGCGCCCGAGUGCCGCUGUUGACCCAGAUGUCGCUGGAUAUGCUUCCGGCAGUGAUCGGGAUUUUGAGGGUAGGGGCCUGCUAUGUACCAAUGGAUGUGGCAGCCUGGAGUCGUACUCGGAUCGAGGCCGCACUCUCCGACCUGGCCUCCCCGGUAGCGGUCAUCACUAGCCCUUGUCCCCGCCUCCAUUUACCUGUCAUCACGGUGAAUUUUCAGAGGGAAGGGCUUGUCUCGUCACCAUCGGACAAGGACGGCCUACGAGUGGAGCUGGAGGCACGCCGAAGCGGAAUGCGCUCCGAGGACCUUGCGUGGAUUAUCUUCACCUCGGGCACAACGGGCAAGCCGAAAGGCGUGAUGACGCCGCGGAGCAAGGAGGUCGGUGCCUGCUUGCGUUCUCCAUCGCCUUCGAUGGCUGUGCUGCAGUUGUCUGGACGACUUUUGUCCAAGGGUGCCACGCUGGUGAUGGCCUCACCAUCAGACUUCCCAGAGGUCGCGACGACUUGCCAAUCCUUAAACUUGACACCAUCUAUGCUUGCUGCGUUGGAUCCGUCGAGCUCUUACGAUCGCGUGCGCUAUAUAUUCCUGGGGGCUGAAGCGCCAAAGCUGGAGGUUGUGCGACUGUGGAUUACGAAAAGCAGAAAAGUGUUCACCACGUACGGUCCGUCAGAAACGACAUGCGUGAUCAGUUUCGGGGAACUGCAUCCGGACCAGGAGGUGUCUUUUGGCGAACUUAUCCCCGGGGUGAAGGUUGUCUUGGUCAAUGAGGAGAUGAAGGAGUCCAACUAUGGCGAGGUCCUGAUCUCAGGGCCUGGCUUGGCUGCUGGAUAUCUCAACAAUCCUACACUAACAGCGAAAAAGUUCAUCAAAUGGAACGGAGAGCGCUUCUACAGGACAGGGGAUCUCGCACGCAGGACCGAAGACGGACAGCUGAUAUGGGCAGGUCGCGCAGAUCCGCUCGUCAAGAAUCGCGGCUUCUUGAUCAAUCUGGAGACUGAAGUUGAACCAGCGAUGCAGGCUUAUCCUCAGGUCAACUUAGCUGUGGCUUUCCAGUGGCGUGAUAGGCUUGUGGGUUGUGUGCAGCCGUCCACAGUUGAUGUUGAAGAACUACGCAAAUUUACGCAGAGUCGUGCAGAUCCGUUUGUCAUCCCUGAUAUGAUCUUCACCAUGAAUAGCUUCCCUCUCAAUGUUAAUAGUAAGACAGAUCGCUUAGCGCUCCAGGCCCAAUUGGACGAGAAGCUGGGCCAAGAUGAUGAUCCCGACGAAAGCGCUUCUCUUCUUGAGACAGACAGUCUAACGGCUUAUGACGCGUUACGUUUGGCCUUUUCCCGGUGUCUGCAGAACAGAUUCAGGAAUAUGGACCGGAGCUCGUCUUUCACGCGACUGGGAGGAAACUCAUUGGCGGCCAUUCAAGUUUCAAACUUUCUGAAGCAGCGAGGGUACUCGAUUCUAGCUGCGCAAGUCCUCAAACUAGACACGAUCGAACGGCUGGAAGACCGCCUGAGAAGCCAGUCUAACUUCGAAGUUGCGGAAGGAGGGAGCAGUAGCUUGCAGGCUACAGCGACACCUGUGCAGAGGCUCUUCCUCACCCGGUCUUUAGAGACACCACAUACCUUCGCUAUCAUCGGCCUGACAAAGUACAUCGGCGACUCCUCCCAAACUCCUACAGCCAGUGACCUGCGUGGCGCUAUGGAAAAGACGCUCUCAGCACACAUUAUCUUCAGCACGCGCGUGUCUGAAGACGAGUUCGAGCAAGCCUGUGAGGCAGCCGAAGAAGAAUCAUGGCAGGCCGUGAGCAGGACGACGCGCGCCGACAACGAAGUCCCGUACUGCGCGGUGACCUGCAUCUCUGUGCCUGGCCGCAGAGCACUCGCCUUUGUGACGCGGAUCCAUCACGUCCUCACCGAUGUGUUCUCCUCUGCCAUCCUGUCGCAGGAUCUGGAAACCGCCCUAGCAGGUGGCGAAGUAGCACCAGGCCCCCGGUUCGAGGACUUCGCGCGGUUCAUGCACAGCUACACACAAGCCAACAUCGAGCGGGCGACGCAAUGUUUCACCAAGAUGCUAGAGCCCCUACCGGCCUCAUGCGUCCUGCAACCCCCGGCCCCGAAAGAACCUCCCCCACCGGAAGCCCUCAAUCUCAUCCGUCUCCAGUCAUCCCCUUCCAUCACACGGGCCGCCCUCGACGCCUCAUCUCGCCGUCUCUCCGUGACCCCCAGCACAAUGAUCUACGCUGCAUGGGGGCUCUUCCUCCAUAGAAUCACCUCGUGGACCCGCGUCUGCUUCUCCGUUAGUCUCUCGGGCCGCACAGUCCCGUGGCCAUCGGCCCCCUCCGUUGUCGGACCCCUUCUCUGUCGCUCUUUAUUCAGCACCAGCAUUGGCAAGGACGCAACCGUCCACGACUGGCUCGCGACGGUGCACGAGACCACUCUCGAUAUCAUUGAGUUCGAUGGGCUCACGCAUUCGCUGCCUCCAUCUCUGAUGGCCGACCCCCGCACGAACACAUCCAACGUGCUCUGCUUCCUGGACGUCCCCGAACCGUCGCGGAAUUGCAGCCACAAGGACCGCCAGAGGUAUUAUUAUACGCUGUCCUGGUACAUCACCCAGCGGGGUGAGCAUGUGGCGACGGAGUUUGAGGUUCAGUUGGAGAAGGUGGAUCUAUACUUGGGCGAUGGCCGUGGCUGGUCUGCCCGGGGAGAUCUUGUCAGGACUGAUCAACGCGACGGAUUCUACACGUGUCGCGGAGUUAAUUGCCGCUAA